UCAAUGAAUUUAUUAUUAAUCUAUCUUUUUCAGAUGUUAUUGAUCAUCCGUCAGCGACAUCUUCAGGAUCGAUUUGCGAUGAGGCGAAAUUCCUUGAUCUGCUGCACUCAAUAGCAUGUUGGUAUGAAUCCCGUGAAAAAGUGAACAUUUUAAAGAUGUUGCUAAGAGAUGUGUUAAAAAACAACUACAAUGUCAAAUUGAUCAAAGACUGUCAUGAAUUAUUUGAAAAACUGUAUGAUGCUGGUAAACUGCAUCCAAAUAAUCUUACAAUCAUAUUUGAAUUAAUCAAAUGUACAGGACAUUACGGUUUGGAGAAGCAAAUUAGAGCCGAUUUCAUCCCGUUAUGUCCGAAGGUAUGUGAGAUUGAGGUAGCAGAGAUAUCGGCGUUCCGAAUAAAGCUGAAGGAUUUUGGCCACGAAUUAUGCAAACCCGACUUGACUGCCAUUGAUGGACUUUAUAAUAUGCCACGUAGACAAUAUGAAGAUGCUUGGUGUUUGAUCAUGGAUUUGGAAGAUAAAGGGGUAAUACGUGAAGGUGGCUUGGAGAAUUUCAUUAAGAAGUUAAGAAAACACUCACUAGGUCAUGCAGCCGCAAAAUUGCAUUAGAAUUUCCAAGAAUCUUUAUAUGGCACUGAGAUUAGGCCUGAAAAAAAAUUAUUUGUUGGCAAGCAUUGCGAUUUAAUUUAUAAAUUUUGAUGACAGGAGAAGAAAAAAAACCCCAUUUUUUUUGCAUCCGCUCCUCCUACACAAUUUUCAGCAUUAAAGGGCAAAUAAACAAUUAAUUUUUUUAGGACUUAUAGACUGAAAAUGAUUGUGGCAGUCAGAAUGGGAGUCCGACAAAUUUCAGAUGAAGUGAUUGGUCAAGAAACCUUACAAGUUUAGGCUUCAAAACUUACACAUUGUGAAAGACCAUAUAAGGUUUGAAUGGUUAAACAAUAUUUCAACUAAUCAGGUCAACAAAUGUUCUAUUAAUUUUUUUUUAAAUCACAAUGCCAUGACCAAAAUUUAAUGGUAGGAAAAUUAGUUUUUAGGUCUUCAGUACUGUACACCACAAGAAUAAUUCUGUGCAUAAUGCAUGCACACUACUCCAAACUCGGUAGAGCAAAGCUGUUAAAUUAUUAUGUGUAAUUAAUAUUAAUUAUGUGUAAUUAAUAUUCAUCUCAUAAUUAACAAGCAUCUCAUCUCCCUUUAAGGUCUUGUCUUGUUUUGUGUACUAGUCACUUCUCUUGUGUGUGUCUUGUUUUGUUAUUUGUUUUUGUUUUGGCAACCCUCCUCAAGCUUUUGCUUUUGGGGAUUUCAGCCCUCUGGCUGUUUAACAGAAUAUGUUAUUUAUAAAAUUAUUGAGAAAUAAUUGUUCUUUUGAACUUAGAGUGUCCAGUGAACAUUGUGUCCAAUUGAUGGUCUGUAAAUCUGGCUCAAUAGAUGUGAAGCUCCAAAAAGAUUGUUAUCAAUCAUAACAUAAUUCAAAUUAUAAAUUUGAGAUUAUUGAUAAUAUUAACUAGAGCAGUCACUCUGUAGAGGAUACUGAGCAAUAUGCAAGACAUGUAUGUACGAAUCCACUAUUUUAGCUUGAGGCCAAGUUCAAAGAAAAAUUCGAACUUCCUUUACCUUGAUGUUUUUUGGCCUUUUCUUCUAAAAAGUUGAUCAUGUCUUUCUUUAUUAUUAUGUACCCAUUCUACUAAGUUGCUUGCUUAGUUUUUACGUAAGCUUGCUAAGAGACAGACAGGGGUGAAUACAUAACCAUUUUGGCAGAGCAAUAUUUUAAUGUUCAAAAAUUAUAUUUUUAAAAGGGGAUUUAAUUGCCAGGUUCAAAAGAAAACCAUAUACUGUAUAUGAAAAUUGUACAUUUUUUAAAGAAUGUUGUAUAUAUUAUUUUCUGUUUGUAGCUACAAAGGCCACUUUUUCAUAAUGUAUCACAUAACUUAAAUAACUUUUCCAGCUAAUUAAAGUGUUUAUUGUAUGUGUAUUUUAUUUUUAGUACAUAUUUUAACAUAUUGAUGGUGCCACUAGAACCAAAUAUAACCAAGGCACAUAACGAUAAAUGUAGCAAAUAUGACCACAUCGUUAAAGAUAUCAAAGCUAAAGGUUAUAAAUGCACAUCGUUUUGCCUGAAGGUGGGUUCUAGGAGAGUACUUUCUAAAGAUAAUGAAACGAGACUACAUAAUAUUUUUUAAUUAAUAAGGGAUGUAAAAAGUAUAAAAAGCAGUGACCAGCAGCUAUGUUAUCUGGAACACCAGACACUCGUCUGAGUGGGUGAAUUGUCUUUAUUUGUAAUUGAUUUCUUUAAAUUUUAUCAUGUUUUAUUGUCUCUGUGUUGAUUCCACCCUACAUGUGCCAAAUUACCUGUACCUAAGUACCUGGGUUUUUUUGUCACAUUCUUUUAUUGUGUUUUUAAUAAAGAAUUAUGUUUUAAA